GUGACGAUCCCUACAUCCCAGUUUGCACCUGGGUUUCAGGUAGGAGAUGGAAUUGGAAUGGAUUUAAAACUAUCAAACCAUGUUUUCAAUGCUUUAAAACAACAUGCCUAUUCAGAAGAACGUCGAAGUGCCCGCCUCCAUGAGAAAAAGGAGCAUUCUACUGCAGAAAAAGCAGUUGAUCCUAAGACCCGUUUACUUAUGUAUAAAAUGAUCAACUCUGGAAUGUUGGAGACAAUCACUGGCUGUAUUAGUACAGGAAAGGAAUCUGUUGUCUUUCAUGCAUAUGGAGGGAGCAUGGAGGAUGCAAAGGAAGAUAGUGAAGUUAUACCUACAGAAUGUGCCAUCAAAGUGUUUAAGACAACUCUUAAUGAGUUUAAGAAUCGUGACAAAUAUAUUAAAGAUGAUUUCAGGUUUAAAGAUCGCUUCAGCAAAUUAAAUCCGCGUAAGAUCAUCCGCAUGUGGGCAGAAAAAGAAAUGCACAAUCUCACAAGAAUGCAGAGAGCUGGAAUUCCUUGCCCAACAGUUGUAAUGCUCAAGAAACACAUUUUAGUUAUGUCUUUUAUUGGCCAUGAUCAAGUUCCAGCCCCUAAGUUAAAAGAAGUAAAACUCAGUAGUGAAGAAAUGAAAGAAGCCUACUAUCAAACUCUUCAUAUGAUGCAGCAGUUAUAUAAUGAAUGUACGCUUAUGCAUGCUGACCUCAGUGAGUAUAACAUGCUCUGGCAUGCUGGAAAGGUCUGGUUGAUUGAUGUCAGUCAGUCUGUAGAACCAACGCAUCCCCAUGGCCUGGAGUUCUUAUUCCGAGACUGUAGGAAUGUCUCACAGUUUUUUCAGAAAGGAGGAGUGAAGGAAGCCCUUGGUGAAAGAGAACUCUUCAAUGCUGUUUCAGGCUUAAACAUCUCAGCAGAUAAUGAAGCUGAUUUCUUAGCUGAAAUAGAAGCUUUGGAGAAAAUGAAUGAAGAUCAUGUUCAGAAGAAUGGAAGAAAGGCUGCUUCGUUUUUGAAAGAUGACGGAGGUCCACCGGUACUAUACGAUGAAUAACACCAGUUCCCACUGCCUUUAAAUGUUAACACAGUGGAGACUGUCAGCUGCCAAUGGCAAAUGAAGUUAUGGGUGACUUGAAAUACCAAAAAAGGAAACAUGAGGAGUGUACAAUGGUG